UAUAAAUAUUAAAUAAUUCAAAUAUAUAUUAAUUUAAUCUUAUAUAAAUAAUUAUAAAUUUGCACACUGUUUUGAACCGGUUUUAUCCAUAUUUACAUUUCAAAAUAUAUAUUUUAAACUAUUUUAUCUGUUUUAUUUACUCUUAUAUCGGUAGAUAUGUCAGAUCCACACUUAUUAUAUUCUAUUCGUUUGGUUCACUAAAUCUUCACCAUCCGAUCCGCCUUUUCUUUCCGAAGCAGUAGUCCACCAAAUCUGAACUUCUCAGCUAAUUGAUUAGUUUUCAUAUAUUUCAGUCAAUGGCACCAAGAGUUUCCUCUUUAUUUGACCUUUAGACAAGCAUUUUUAAAAUUCAAAAUGCAAACUGUUUAACUGGAAUUCAUAUAUGUGUGUAUUUUCUUAACUAGUUCACAAAAAAAAAGCCACCAGAAUAGAUAUGCUCCAUUGCAACAUCAUUUGCUUUCAUUUUUAGUUAAAAAUAAACACUAAUAGAAAAUAUAAUAUGUAAUUUAUUGUUUGGAUUUUUACUAAUAUUGAGUAAAAAUAGUAGUACUUGAUUUUAUCUAAAAUUCAUGUUUCUGAAAAAAGUGAAUUAUCCAAUUUGGUAACGUAAUAUUGAUUCUGUAAAUCUUGACCAUUAUCGAUACCAAGACCAGACUUGCCCCACACACACUAUAAAUGUAUGGAAUACAUAUGGCUAAAUACUAUCGCAAACUUUGAAACUCUAAACCAACACGUGAAGAUGAAGAACGUUUCUCUCAAGCUUCCACUCUUGAUUUUCAUUUUGGUCAUCACAUCUAAUUUUGGAGCAGAAGCAAGAGAGUUAACUGAACUUGAAGUUAUGGCCGGAAGUACAAGUGACGGUGCCAUAGGCAAGACUCUGGAUCCAACACAUCCACCUUGCAAGAGUGACGCCGAUUGUAGCUUCGAAUGUCCUAAGGGAGGAUUCUGCAACUAUACCUAUGGGUUAUGUGAUUGUCUCUGA